AAUCAAAAAUGAAUCCAGUUAAAAUCACAAUCGCACUUGCCUUCAUCGCUGUUGUCUCAGCCGGUUCAAUCAGCUAUGUCAAGCGAUCAGAUCAUUUGGGAUCAGAUGUCGGUUACGGAAGUGGUGUAGCAUGGGGAGGAAUUGAAGGUGGAGAAGGAUUAUGGAACGGAGAUGUUAAGGGAGAUUAUUAUGCCUACCCAAAGUACAAGUUCGAAUAUGGAGUUAAUGAUCCACAUACCCAUGAUCAUAAGAGUCAAUGGGAGAUUCGUGAUGGAGAUGUUGUCAAGGGAGAAUAUACAUUGGAUGAAGCUGAUGGUACAAAGCGUGUCGUCUCAUAUACUGCAAGUGACAAGACUGGAUUCAAUGCUGUUGUUAAGAAGAUCGGUCAUGCUCAUCAUUACCAACCAUACGCUCAGCAAAAUGCUUAUGGAGGAUAUUAAGCAACAAUGAUAUAAACUCUCUGUGAUGAUAAUUUGAAUUUCUAGAAUAAAAUUUGUAAUAAAUUAA